UCAGAAUUUUGAUCAAGUUUGAAAAGAGUUGUUUGUGAUAAGCUAUAAAAUAUGUUUAUGUGCUGUUUCCGAUGGCAGAUUUGUUGUUGUUGAAUUUAGGGAGUGAAUAGAAAAGGAAUGUUUGAUAUCCGUUUUAUUUUGGUUUGAUUUAAAAAGGUUUUCAUUGUGCAAAAAUUCCAUUAAAAUUUUUUGACAGCCUUCCUUUGUUUUGGUUUCAGUUAUAGAAACUUUUUUCUUUUAUGCUAGCUAUGUCGCUGGUCUUUUUUGUUGAUUAGUUUGUAUUCUGUGUAUUUAGUGCAUAGUUUAGAACUUAAAAAUGAAGUCCAGUGAAACACCCGUGACAGCUGACUCAUCAGAAUCGAGAAAAUACGGUGAACAGCUUACUUAUGAUCCUCAAUUCAAAGGUCCUGUAAAAUCAAGGAGUUGUACGGAUAUUUUGUGUCUGUUCUUAUUUGUUUCUUUCAUUGCUGGAUGGGGUGUUGUUGCAUUUUUCGCUUUCAGAGAAGGUGACCCAAAAGUUUUGGUAUACCCAACAGAUUCUGCUGGCAACAUUUGUGGCAUUGGAGAGUUAGAAAACAAGCCAUAUCUAUUUUUCUUUGAUCUGUUGAAGUGUGCCAAGCCUAGUGUAGUCUUCACUGGUUGUCUUACCCCUCAGGUCUGUGUUGAAAAAUGUCCCAAUGAAACGUUUUAUGCCAAUGAAAAUUUACCAAAUGCAGCGGAAAUAAAAUCAAAACUGAUCUGCAAAUAUGAUGUGAAAAAGGAAGAAAAAGAUUUGAAAACUCUGUUGAAUGAAGGACAUUGUGCAAAGCUGUACUUAAAGAGCUCUCCUUUGAGGUCUCCAAAAUUUAUAGAAGGGGUACCUUAUGCCUCAAAGGUUAAAGAUGUCUUGCUUGGACGCUGUAUUCCAGAAUUGUUUGGGAUUCGCACAGAUGGUGAUGUCAUUAGGAAUGAAAAGAAUGAAGUUGUUAAAAUUGGUAAUGAUGAAUUGACUGUAGAAGCAGUAAAAAAUGCUACAAAUCAUCUUGCAAAAUUUUUGAGUUUGACUGAAAUGGGAGAAAAGGUUUUUUCAGACUUUAAAACAUCGUGGGAGUUUCUGCUGGGGGGUCUUGUUUUAUCUAUGCUUGUGUCAUUAAUAUGGAUUGUACUUAUGCGAUGGCUAGCAGGAAUUAUGAUAUGGCUGAGCAUUAUACUUGUUUUAAGCUUCUUGGUAUUUGCUUGCUAUUAUAGCACUACAAAAUAUAUAGAAUUGAAGACUGUGCCAGGAUCUGAUGCAAAAUUUAAAUUAACCUUAGAUCUCAGGAGCUACUUAGCUUUGCGUGACACAUGGCUGUGGUUUGCCAUAAUUUCUGGUAUAGUAUUCGCUAUCCUUUUCCUGAUUGUGGUAUUUCUAAGAAAAAGAAUCUUUAUAGCAAUAGCUUUAAUUAAGCAAGCAAGCAAAGCUGUUGGAAAUAUGCCAUCAACACUAAUAUUUCCAAUAUUCCCAUAUAUAUUGAUGCUGGCAUUCUUCAUAUUUUGGGCUGCUGUGGCUUUAUAUAUUGCAUCUUCUGGGAAAGCAUCAUUUGUUGUUGCAGAUGCACCUGCUGGUUCUAAUGUAAAGAACGGAUCAACUUGUAAUCCUAAGAAUUACAACAGCACUGGAGGUGGAAUCAAAUGUUUGUUCCAGACAUAUGGUCUGAAGGAUAAUCUGUUCACUAGUCACUUCUAUAACCUUUUUGGUCUCUUCUGGGGUUUAUUUUUUACUGUAGGAGUUGGCCAAGUUUCUCUUGCAGGGGCUUUUGCAGCCUAUUAUUGGACUAAAGACAAAACAAAAGAAGUUCCAAUGUGCGCUAUAGGAACAGGAUUCUACCGUUGUUCUCGCUACCAUCUAGGUUCAAUUGCCUUUGGAUCUCUACUUAUAGCAACUGUUCGAAUGAUACGUGUGAUGUUGGAAUAUAUAGACCAAAAAUGUAAAAAAUAUGAUAAUGCAUUCACAAAAGCAAUACUAUGUUGUAUGAAAUGUUGCUUUUGGUGUCUAGAAAAUGUCCUCAAAUUUAUUAGCAAAAAUGCAUAUAUAAUGAUCGCCAUUUAUGGUAAAAACUUUUGUAGUUCUGCUAGAAGAGCUUUCAAAUUGCUGAUGAGAAACAUCAUACGUGUGGUGGUUCUGGACAAAAUAACAGACUUUUUGCUUUUCAUGGGAAAGCUUGUGGUGGUUGCUGCUUCUGCUGGUGUGUCCUUUUAUUUCUUUGCAACUGAUCAGAAAAUAUACCAAGGCAUACCUCCAAUGAAUUAUAAUCUGCUUCCACCAAUAGUUAUCACUAUUGGUGCCUACAUCAUUGCUUCUGCCUUCUUCAGUGUCUAUGGAAUGGCAGUGGACACCAUAUUCUUAUGCUUUUUGGAAGACUGCGAAAGAAAUGAUGGUUCUAUGGAAAAGCCAUACUUCAUGUCAAAGGAGUUGAUGAAGAUUUUACAUAAAAAGAAUAAAUUCCGAGAUCUUUCCCCUCCUUCCUCUCCUAAAUGAAUCUUAUGAAUGAGCUAUCUCCCUUCCUAUCAUUGAAUUCUUCAAGUAGAAAAUAGUUGCCUUGCCUCUUUCACUUCAACAUUUGCAGAUUUCAUUUGUAUGUUUCUAUGUCUGAUGAAUGUGCUUUAAUGUUUCUUGUAUAUAGUAUAAGAUAAAUGUUUAUAAAUAUAUUUCUCAGUUAAAGAUUAUAGUUGAUUUCAUGUCAGAAAUUUUCUUUUCGGUGCUUUAAUGUUUAGAAGAACUUUAUAUAUAUAUAUUUAAUGUUGAUAAUAGAUGUUCCUUAAUAUGUAUUAAAUAUGGUGAUUGGAGAUAAAUUUUUUAGUGUUUUUCUUUAAUUUUUUAAAAUUAUUUUCUCUCAUUUCCUCAAAUUAACUAAAUACUUUAUUUUUUAUUGAUCUGUCUGGUAAAUGAUUUUUCAUACUAAUUUGGUAAUCUUUCAUGUGUGCAUAUUUCAGUGUGUAUGAAAAACUUUUUUUUUCUGGUAUAUAUGAAAUGUAUGAUAUUCUGUCAUAAAAUUUUUUGAAGUUCUAGUGAACUGUUAUGAGCAGUAUUAGCUUUUUAAAGCACUUUGAGGAAGUUAUAUUGAAGUUUGUAUAACCAUAUGAUGCAGUUGUUUUCUAUUUCUCAGUAUAUAGUUUGUGUUCCUAUGUCCUUUUCAUAUAUAUUCUUUACAUGUAUUGUCACCUUAUAACAUAUUCAAAAAAUGAGUUGAUUUAUUGAUAAUUUUAAAAUUCUGAGUUGCAUAUUUGUUGUUUAAAUACUUUAUAUUAUAUAAUUAUUUGUAUUACUGUUAAAUGCAUUUAUAGAUUUUUAAUAGCUUUUGUAAAAUUUAAUAUUAUCAACAUUAUAGACUUUCGUUUAUUUGAUUUUUUUUAAAUGUUUAUUAUAAAUGUAUAUACUUUAUAUGAGAGAAAAUGAUUAAUUUCAUAGUUCCUUUAUAGAGAUCUGCUAGAUAUAUCUUAUGGUUUUUUUUAAUGGUUUGACUAAAAGUUUUGAAUGUUCAAAAUUAUUGCUUAUAACAAUUUUAAAUUAGAGGGAGGAGUAAAAAUUUUAUAUUAAAAAAUUAGCACACAUCAUUUGUAAGCAUAUAAAAAAAUGUAAAAUUUUAUUGAAUACUUUAGCAUGUAUAUGUGUUUAAAAUGUAGCAUUUUUUAAAAUUAUCUUUCAUUAAACAUCAUUUCCUUAAAUCCUCAAUUCACAUUGGGAAAAUAAAAAUUUCUUAUGAAGGAAAUUCAGGUAUCCUUAUAAAAAAAACCCCUUUGAAUCUUCCAAACAAAUUGUACCUGUUUUUUACUCUGACAAGGUUUGUUACUUGAUCAUUAAAUGGAAUACAAUUUCAUGUGAUGAAAUAUGUUAGCAUUAUAGCCUGCAUUUUAAAUUUCUACAGAUUUUUUUUUUUUUCUGUUUCACACAUUAAGUAAUAACAUUUUUCAUUGUUUUCUUUGCUUUUAAUUUUUAAAAAAUAAUAAAUACUGCAUUGUUUAUCCCUUUUUUAUUGCUUAUUGAUUAGAAUUAAAAAAAAAAAUUGACUUGUGAUAUGGAAAAAAUAGCGAACAAUAAUGAGGCCUUAAAUCUCCACUUGCUUAUUAUAUCACUCCCUGCCAUUUUUUAUUUCCAUUACAAAAAGCAUUCAUUAUCUGUGACGUUGUCUUUCUCAACUUAUGCACAAUCAUAUUACUCUAACUAUUUUCAUAAUAUGCGAGCAGUAUAUUUUUGCUAACAUUUUAAGAAAAGACAAAAAUUAUGUAGUUUAAUUCAUUGCUGCAUCAAUUUCAAAUUUGAUUUCUGUACAUUAUGCACAAAAACUCAUUUGUAGCUACAGUUUUUAAUCAGUUAAAAUACUUACUAAGUUUACCUUCAUAAGUGUCCAGUCAUUAAAGAAGACUUAAAUUAGUACAAAAAGAAAAAAAGGUUGUGCAACUGGUUGUAUUUCUUCAAAAAGCACAAAAAAGUUUUUUAAAGUGUGUAUAAAUAAUUUUAGUUAGAAUCAUGUCAGAGUAGGAUUUUUAUACGGCAUUUUAUAAAAUUUAGUGAACUGGGGAAAAAAAGUCUUUAGUACUAACCAGUAAUAUGUAUGAAAUCGAAGUUUUGCAUUAUCUAAUCAGUGAUGUGACACAAAAUUAUAUGUGGAAUGUCUUCCAAAAGAAUGACGAUUACUUUCCAGUCCAUUAUCUUCCGAAGUCGUGCAAAUUGAUGAAUGACAAAAACAGUAAUCAUUUUCUUAUUUUUUGAUUAGUGUGUUUAUAAUUUGUCUCUGUUUUCCCCCUCCUCCUACAAACUGUUUACUAGUUAAUGUUUAUGCACUGAUUAGUAUUGUCUUCCCAAAUACGAUAGAAGAGAUUUAUUUAUAUAUUUUGAAAAAAAAAAAAAAAUCAUGUUUCUCAGGGUAUGAUGAUAUUUUCUUUACUAUAUUUUAUGAUUAUAAAUGUUUCUUUUUUUACUUAAAUAUAUUAAAAAAUUUAAUUAUUUGGUUUUGGUAAUUUUUUUAAUACUAGAAUAUAGUGUAAAAAUCUUUAUUUUUACAACUAACAUUUUGGUUUUGUAAUUUCAGUUUCCCUUCUUUAAAAUAUUGUAUAUUUUUUUUUUGUUCAACAGAGAUUUUUAUAAUUUACAAAAUGAGAAUAAUAUAUGAUUAUUUUUAAAUGCAUGUCCUGAAUUUUAUAUUAUGUUAGGUGUGUUUUUAUAUUUAUAUUACUAUAGAUUUAUUAGCAGUGUUAUGUUAUGGAUAUGAUUUUUAAGUAAUGAAUUAACAUGUAAGAUAUGUGCACUUAUUAAUAUGCAGAUUUUAUUAUGAAUCUUAAGAAUUGUAGUAUUUUGCCAAACUUUACAAAAGAUAUAUUGAAAUGAAAGAAAACUUGCUGCAAUUUGCUAAUUGCUGCUUCAGUAAGAUGAAUAUAUUUUGUGUAUAAAAUUCAAGAAUGUUGUCUAUACUUGGUGGCAUUAGCAAGACAUUGAAUUUGCUCAUGAAAUUUUCAUAUAUUUUAUAAAACUUUCCAUAUGCCUGUUUAUAUUGUUCAAAUACAUUAGUAGAAAUAUAUACUGUGUUUUCCAGCAUUGGCCAUCUGAAUAAAAUUUUAAAGCAAGCAUCA